UUUACGGCCGCGGGGACGGAGCGAGCCGGCGCCAGGGCCACUCGGGCCGGGAAGCAGGGCAAGCGAGAGAGGUUGAUGCCCGGCGGCGGGGCGAGCGCGGCGUCUGGCCGGCUUCUCACCGCCGCGGAGCAGAGGGGGUCUCGGGAAGCGGCGGGGUCGGCAUCCAGGAGCGGCUCCGGGGGCUCCGGCGGCGGAGGCAGAAGCGGAGCAGGCGGCCCCGGGCCGGGAAGUGGAGGCCCGGGGGGCCCCGCGGGCAGGAUGAGCUUGACCCCGAAGGAGCUCUCGAGCCUGCUGAGCAUCAUCUCGGAGGAGGCGGGAGGCGGCAGCACCUUCGAGGGCCUGUCCACCGCCUUCCACCACUACUUCAGCAAGGCCGACCACUUCCGCUUGGGCUCGGUGCUGGUCAUGCUGCUGCAGCAGCCGGACCUGCUGCCCAGCGCGGCGCAGCGCCUCACGGCGCUCUACCUGCUCUGGGAGAUGUACCGCACCGAGCCGCUCGCCGCCAACCCCUUCGCCGCCAGCUUCGCUCACCUGCUGAACCCCGCGCCACCCGCCCGCGGCGGCCAGGAACCCGACCGGCCACCGCUCUCAGGGUUUUUACCUCCUAUAACGCCACCAGAAAAGUUUUUUCUUUCCCAGCUGAUGCUGGCACCCCCAAGAGAGCUCUUCAAAAAGACACCUCGACAGAUUGCGUUGAUGGAUGUUGGAAACAUGGGCCAGUCUGUGGACAUCAGUGGGCUUCAGCUAGCCUUAGCUGAACGUCAGUCUGAACUGCCAACUCAAAGUAAGGCUAGUUUCCCUAGUAUUCUCAGUGAUCCAGACCCGGACUCUUCUAAUUCUGGAUUUGACAGCUCAGUUGCCUCUCAGAUCACAGAAGCUUUAGUCAGUGGACCAAAACCACCCAUUGAAAGCCAUUUUCGGCCAGAAUUUAUUCGUCCACCACCCCCACUCCACAUAUGUGAGGAUGAGCUGGCUUGGCUAAACCCGACAGAGCCUGACCAUGCUAUUCAAUGGGAUAAGUCAAUGUGUGUUAAGAAUAGCACCGGUGUAGAGAUCAAGCGAAUAAUGGCUAAAGCCUUUAAAAGUCCUUUAUCUUCUCCUCAACAAACACAGCUUCUUGGUGAACUGGAAAAAGACCCCAAGCUUGUUUAUCAUAUUGGCCUCACUCCAGCCAAACUUCCUGACUUAGUGGAAAACAACCCUCUAGUUGCCAUAGAAAUGUUGCUGAAGCUAAUGCAGUCCAGCCAGAUUACUGAGUAUUUUUCUGUCCUGGUCAAUAUGGACAUGUCUUUGCAUUCGAUGGAAGUUGUAAAUAGACUAACUACAGCUGUUGAUCUACCUCCUGAAUUCAUUCACCUUUAUAUAUCAAAUUGCAUCUCUACUUGUGAGCAAAUUAAGGAUAAAUAUAUGCAGAAUCGUUUGGUACGGCUUGUGUGCGUCUUUCUCCAAUCCUUGAUCCGGAACAAAAUUAUUAAUGUGCAGGACUUGUUUAUAGAAGUGCAGGCAUUCUGUAUUGAAUUUAGUAGGAUACGAGAAGCUGCUGGCCUUUUCAGGUUGUUGAAGACAUUAGAUACUGGAGAAACACCUUCUGAGACCAAAAUGUCAAAGUGAUACCUCAGCAGGACACCCCCAUUCACUGUUCAACUGUACUGUGUGAUUAGUUUUUACAGUUCUUGAGUAGUCUAAUGCACAUAAACAACACUUACUUCCUUAGAGCA